AUGCUGGGGCUCGCAAUAGUCGCUGCGUGCUGCACGGGAAGCGCGGCCCUCGCCGCCGCCACCAGCAAGCCGUGGGUCGGCGGACAAUCCGCCAGCAAGCCGCCGCGCGAGCUGCUCGGCCGCGGCGCGUACGCGCACUUCGAAACGAUCCCGACGCGCUGGAACGACAUGGAUGCGCAGCAGCACGUGUGGUUCAGCGUCUCGAUGCGUGCGAUCGCGGCGAUGGCGUUCCAGCCGACGCGACUCCGUCGAGACCCGCGCCAUCGACGCGACGUUCUCUACGCACAGGUCAACAACGCCGUCUACCAUUUUUAUAUGGACGACGCCGUCAACCUGCACCUCGCCCGCAGCGGUGUGUCAAAUGACGUGAGGCGCUUCACGUCCGAGAACAGCUGCCGGUACCUGCGGCAGCUCUCGUGGCCGACGCCCGUCGAAAUAGGUAUGAGGGUACGCCUCGGCCGCGCGAGCGCGGCGUACCAGCUCGGGCUCUUUGCCGAAAAUGAUGAAGACGCGUCCGCGAUCGGCACGUUCACGCACAUCUACGUCGACGACCGGGGGAAGCCCUGCCGCAUGGACGAGAGUGUGAGGACAGCGCUCGAGCCCCUCGUGCCCGACGACGGGCUGUAG